CUCGUGCUCCACCAGCCCAGCCCGGUCACUGAAACCCACCAUAAUCCCUUCUCAAUCCACAUCUCACGCGCAAGCACAAGCGGGCCAUCAGGCAAUCGGGCAAUCGAGCAAUCCUGCUUCCCAGCUGCCGCGACCGAGGCCACGCCACGCCACGCCACGCGACCCGAAUACAAUUCAUCGCGCGCAGGGGCUUAGAUACGAUACGCGACGCUCUGUCUAGGGUUUCCAGUUCUUGUUCGUUUCGGAAUUGACCGAUCCACGAAUUGAUUGCACCAGCUGCGACACGGAAGGCCGGGCUUCGGGGGCUCCGGAGGGUUUCGGUGGGUGUUGUGGGUAGAAGGGUUGGAUGUUCCGCGCGCUGUGAGUAUCGGUGGUUGGUGGGUUGGUGUGGUUUGGCUGGUCGUGGAGGGUUUGGUUGUGGGCCACGUGCUGGAGGACAUGGAGGGAGUGCAGGACUAGCGUGCCUGGUUUUUGUAGGCGGAGGCGUUUCGAGGUCGCGGUGGUGUCUCGCGUGCGCGCCCUGCAGAUACGAUGGUCGCGAGUGAGUGAGGUGUGAGGUGGGUUGCGCAUCAGGGUUAAGGGGGGGCGCGUGGGAGAGGCAGGGCAUCGCUUGCCAAGAAAAGGGCAACCAGGAGGUAUUAGUGCGCGGGUGGGGAGGAUGGGCGAUUCCAUAGCGGAAGAGCUCGUGCAGCUGUUUCGGGGCAUCAACGCGAGCUUGACGGUGAAGCUGUCUCAUUUGCUGGGGUUCGUGUUUCGGAACAAGAAUGCGAGCUCGAUCGGGGCCGCGGCGGGGUUAGCCAUUGCGCUGUGGUGGACGUGGAAGUGCUGGCGGAUCCCGGGCGCCCGGCCGCACCCUCGCGUGGACAAGAGGGACGGGGCGGACGCGGCGUCGGCAUCGGCAACGCGGGCACCUGCGGGGGCUUCCAUGGACUCCGGGCCAGGGGCUUUGUCCACGGCGGUGGCGACGUCCAUUACGCAGGCGACUCAGCGGGGGGGGCCGGCGGAGGGCAGGGUGAGCGAGACAGAUGAGCUGAGCGUGGCCCAGAUUGUGCGUCGGCAGCUGAACGGGAGCAGGAAGAUGACGUGCCAGCUGCUGGGAGUGAUCCUGGAGGAAAGCAGUCCCGAGGAGGUGCAGAAGCACGCGGUGGUGCGGCCGGCGGUGGUGGAAGUGCUGCUGGAGAUCGCCCGGACGUGCGACCUGUACUUGGUGGCGCGGGUGGUGGACGACGCGAGCGAGGGGUUGGUGAUGGGGGCGCUGGAGGCGGUGGGGUUGUUCUCGGAGGGGAAAUUGAACCGGGAGAAGGUGUUGUUUUGCAGCACGGAGACGGGGAGGACGUCUUUCGUGCGGCAGCUGGAGCCGGACUGGCAUGUGGACACGUCGAGGGACAUCAAUGCGGGGUUGGCGCCGUUCGUUCGGCACCAGCUGCAUGUGUCGGGCGGCGGAGCUUCACCGAUCGCGCCGAACGUGUACGUGGUGGAGUCGGUGGAGCAGUAUUUUUCGGGUGCUUUCUGUAGCUAGGGAGGAGGCGAGGGGAAGCUGAGAAUAAGGUUCAUGACUGGAGGCGUGUGUAUGUAAUGUGUGCAUAGCAGGGCGUGGGUGACGGUUGUCACAGCCGAGUAGUGGAGUAGCUGAUAGUGUAGUAGGCGAGGACAUGAUGGCACUAUAGGAGGCCCGACGGACUUGGCACAGGAUGUAUCAAAUCCAUCACCGUCACGAUUGUGCAAGAUGUGCAGAUCGUUUUGUGACGAUCUGUAUUUGUUGCCUUAUUGCAAGUCCCAAGUAUUUUAUGUCACCAUUACAUUGUAGAAUUGCGUACGUCAGUUGGCAUUAUAGUCAGUUCAGUGUACCAUUCGAGUGAUAAAUGGAGUUUCUUGCUGAACAGGGAGUUGACUGAACCACUGUUGUACGGUGGAAAAUGGGAGUGAAAUGCCUCUCCCGUCACAGAAAUACUCGAUUGUAUAUAAAGCGGGUUGUUGUUUUGUGAAA